AUGAGUCUCUUUGACCUUCCUAACGAGAUGCUCGCUCUCAUAGGAACUUUCUGCCAGACUGGGCAACUUGGGUCGCUCAGUCUAGUAAGUCGACACUUUCACGCAGUGUACAAUCCGUGCCUUUACAAGCACAAUAUACUCCACGACAAACCCAGCAAAGCUAGCGUGUUGUGGGCAGCGAAGAAAGGCUCGCUAGAUACUCUCAAACUCGCCUUUAGCUAUGGAGCUGAUCUCAACUAUACUGGUGCCUCCAGCGAGGACGUUAUCUGGAAAUAUGCAAAGGGUCAGGAAUGGCUGUAUGAUGAGUGCAGCGAAAGGCUGGGCAAGAUGUACGCUGCGCCUUUGCACCUAGCGGUCUUUCACAAGCAUGAACACAUUGUGAAAUGGCUUCUGGAAAGCGGAGCUCGGGUGGACAUUCCUUUAGUCCAGCUCUGUGGCUGUUCCCAUCCGCGUCGAGCCCCUGAAUACCUGAUGAUGCCCUCGCGUUCCUAUUCACCUACUGGUCGUUAUUACAUCCCUCCCUGGUAUCCUCUUCACCAUGCCAUCUCUCACGGGGCCAACGAAUCGAUACUGUCUCUCCUUGUGAAGCAUGGAGCUAGGUAUGCAAUGAAAGACUUCCCUGGUAUAAAUUCCGCGCUACUGGGUCUAGUGAAGCCAGCGAUCGAUGCCAUAUUGAAACAAGGCAAUUUAGAUCCAAGCUGGGAAGGAGAUGACGGAGCUACCGCUCUCCAUUUGCUUAAUGAAGGCGAGGCAUUCUACCACCAUCUGAAACUAGAGCAGAGGUGCGACAAGGUCCUGACGACCAUCAAGGGGCUUGCCGAUCAAGGUGUGCCCAUGAACGCUACAGCUCAUGGAGAAACGGUAUUCAGAGAAAUGCUCGGAAAAAGCAACUUGCUUUGCGCGAUCGAGCUUCUGAAGGCCGGGGCCGAUGCUUCAGAUGAGCUCCACGCCUCUAGAAACGAGCCUGGUGUCAUUAACCAGAUGUUCACGACCAGGUACAAGUGCCGUAUAAACGGCGAGAAGCGGAAAGGUAACAGCCAACUAGCGAAUGCACUUAUCAACGACCAACGGAAAGCACUAAAGCUUGCCAUCAAGCGCGGUGCAGAUGUCAACAGAGUGGUUGAAGCUGACGAUAAGCUUUUUACUAGGCCGCUCUACGAUGUAUUGUUGUUCUCAGGAGACUUCAAGUGCGUAAAGAUGAUGCUAGAUGCUGGUGCAAGGAUCGAGGAUGCUUUCGUCGACAACCGAUUCGAUACUGGUGGCCUACUCCAUGCAUUCUUCGAUGGGCAGAACGGAUACUUGCGUUAUCGUUACAACGAGGAAAAGCCGGUGGAUGAAACGGACCUCGAACCUUUCAAAAGGUCUUUGAAGCUGCUACUGAAGAGGGGUGCGCGGAUUGACGCCCCAAGCCAGCUCCGUAAUUCGGCACUCAUUGAGGUCUGCAACAGAGCUACGAGAGUUGUUUGCGAUAGCCAAUACCAGCUCCAACACCUCGAAGCAUACUAUGACCGAGCCGUCCACGUAAAGGGUGAUCCCUUCUUUGAGCUUGAGUUUCUGGUCAAGCAUGCAACAAGCCAGAAUGUCAGCGCCGAGUAUGUCAAAGUACUAAUGAGACGCAACAAAAAUGAAGGGAAAGUUCAAGACUUGCUAAAACAAUUGCAUUCGAAACUUCUGAGCGGCAUUGGCCAAGAUAAGGAUGACAACGAGGAAGACGAAGACGAGGACGACGACCAUGAAGAAAACGAAGAAGAACCUGAUAUUCGUUCUUGUUCUGUUUGCAACCCCGUGCGACCAUAA